UACAUUACGGUAGCUGCGCAUAACAAAGCCGAACUGUCCAGCGCUGGGCGCCUUACCACUAGCGCUCGGUUGCUGUAACGCUGCCAAGCAGGAGAGGGGUUUAUCGGCCGAAUCAGGACCAGUCCCCCCCCCCGCUGGCACCGUACUGCGCCAGGAAGCCGAGGAGCGGGGCAGGGUGGGUGUCGCUCUCUGCCAGGGAACUUUCCGGGAGAGAAGAGAAGGACCGGCCGCUGAAGGAGCCAUGGAGCCCCGCGUACUGCUGGCAUUAGCGCUGCUGGGAGCGAUGGGGUCGCUCUGUCUGGCCAAGUCGCACACACAGCCAAAGGGUGCUCAUUUGAAGAAUAUGACUAUAAAAACCUUCCAUAUUUUUGACAGCGACAGUGAAAGUGAGUUUGAAGAGAUUCCGUGGGAUGAACUUGAUCAGUCUGGAGAAGGUUCAGGAGAUGAGCCCCUGCUGUCCCGUAGUGCAAGGAAGCCAAGUCGGAGGAACAUCACAAAGGAGGCGGAACAAUAUCUCUCCAGCCAGUGGCUGACCAAGUUUGUACCAUCCCUGUACACUGUGGUGUUCAUCGUGGGCCUGCCUCUGAAUCUGUUGGCAGUUAUCAUAUUCCUGUUUAAGAUGAAAGUCAGAAAACCAGCAGUGGUUUAUAUGCUGAACUUGGCAAUUGCCGACGUGUUCUUUGUUAGCGUGUUGCCUUUCAAAAUAGCCUACCAUCUGUCUGGGAACGACUGGCUGUUUGGGCCUGGAAUGUGCCGCAUUGUCACAGCCACCUUCUACUGCAACAUGUACUGUUCUGUCCUGCUUAUUGCCAGUAUCAGUGCGGACAGGUUCCUGGCAGUUGUUUAUCCCAUGCACUCGCUUUCUUGGCGCACAAUGAGCCGUGCCUGCAUGGCCUGUGCUUUCAUUUGGGUCGUAUCAGUAGCCAGCACUAUGCCACUUCUCUUGACCGAGCAAACGCAGAAGAUUCCUGGGCUGGAUAUUACAACUUGUCAUGAUGUUUUAGAUUUUGACCUCAAAAAGUUUAACUUCUACUAUUUCUCCUCUUUCUGUUUGCUUUUCUUCUUCUUGCCAUUCAUUAUCACCACCGUCUGCUACAUUGGGAUCAUCAGAAGCUUAAGUUCCUCCAGCUUAGAGAACAGCUGUAAGAAGUCAAGAGCCUUGUUCUUGGCUGUGGUUGUGCUCUGCGUUUUUAUCGUUUGUUUUGGGCCAACAAAUGUCAUCUUUCUGACUCAUUACUUGCUCGAAUCCAACGAAUCUCUGUAUUUUGCCUACAUCCUAAGUGCCUGCAUUGGCAGUAUCAGUUGUUGCCUGGAUCCCCUUAUUUAUUACUAUGCAUCGUCGCAGUGCCAGAGGUACUUGUACAGUUUGCUGUGCUGCAGGAAGGUUACUGAGCCUGGAAGCAGCAGCGGGCAGUUAAUGAGCACUGCAAUGAAAAAUCACACCGGCUCCAUAAAUGCAAAAAGCAGCAUUUACAGGAAGCUUCUGGUGUAAGUCUAGAUGGAAAACAGGGAAAAACUCACAUGGACAUGUAACUGUAAACCUGUUCUGGACAAAAUUCUUUAUGGUAUGCUUAUACUUUUGUUUUCAGUGUAAGAGCUUUGGUUGCACAAAUGCAGAAAUACAAGACCAAAUGUCAUUUUAAUAUGAAAUAUCCAGGAUGGAGGUGACAUUCCUAUUAGCCAUAAUCUCGGUGCUUCUCACUGGCUAUAUAGGGCAGCAAUUCCUUGCUUUUGGUCGUACAGUUUUUCCCAGGGGGAGAUUACUCUUAUGUGCCUUUAAGCAAAGCAAGUCCAUUUGCUUUAGAUUUAUCACUAUUAGAUAAAGGGAAUGUGUGUCAUUCUAUCCAGUACAUUCCUCUGUAGUGCUGGGGUACGAGUGUUCUGCUCCUACAGAAGCCAACGUAAGUCCCCAAUCUCUUGUUGAACUAAGACUUCUGCUUACAGUUUGUGGGGAUUGUGGGUUGCAAAGGGCUAGAAAGGGAACAUUUCUGCACAACACUGUCAGAGUCUGGCACUGAGUCUCAUAGUACAGGUAUUUAUGGGGUUUGCUGCACAUUACAAGCAUUAUUCAUAGCAGUCGGUUUGCACUCUAAAAUGCAGUAUAUAUAUAUAUAUAUAUAUGUAUGUAUAUAUUCAAGCUUACACAAUAAACAUCUUAUUUAUAUACAUAUUUAUCAUGGAUAUAAAGGGGAAAAAAUGUGGUUCACUGCAUGGCAUCGUGUUUGGCUAAAAUGCUUUUGAAUUCCAUUAAGAUCACGGAGUGCUUUAAAUCCUACGUUUACACGAGACUAACGGCCCCCCUUUAGCCCAUAUUAUUUACACAUUCUAAAUUCCAGAAUUUCUUUUUCAAUGGCUGCGGAACUGAGAGUGCAGCCAUGAUUCCCGGGGGCACUGACAAGACUGGAGCACCAAAACAGCAUCUAGAGGGUCUCAGCCCUGCCCCAAGCCAUUCGUGUUGGCUGUACAAUCUGUGCAGAAGUUAUAGAGGAAGGUAUGACUGAAGCUGGUUAUAUAGAUACCAAUAAUAUUGUUUCUUUCGAUUAUUGGUCCAUAUAGAGUGGCAUGCCAGCACCGACCAAUACAUUUAUAUGCUACAGAACAUUUCCUCUCCUAAUGCACCAUCAAAUUUGGCAAAUAGGAACAGUGCCGGAAUGUUUGAAAGUGAGUCUGACACUUUUCAGUAAAAGCCUUCCAUGUUGGGCAGAUGUAGGGUUUAUGAAAGGAACCAUGAUUAUUUGUACUCUGGGGAAUUCAGCAGAUAAACUCUAACCAAACAGAAUGGAAUAAGAUGGAAACUGCCGGAUGUCCUGAUAUAUGUGGGUAAAGUUUCCUAUAAUGAACCCUCAGUAACCACUCAGUUUAGCAGAGGGAGAAACCACAUGCUGAGAGCACAUUGCUAAUAUUAUAAGAAAUAUUUCCAUAUAUUUUAUAGAUAUUAUUGUAGUGCCGACCAGGUGGCAGCGUCCAGCAAGUUACCAGGGGCAGCAAAAAGCCAUUCUGGAUAACGUUAAGAGCCAAAAUUCUAAAUUGGAAUUUUGGCUCUUCUAAUGCAGAAAGUGCUAUUGUAUUUUUUUUUCUGAUGCGAAAAAGCUAAGUGCGGGGGGCGUAAUUAGCUUGCCUGCUUUGGGUGGCUAGGACCCCCUCUGUCUCCAUAUGAAUGCCUUUUGAAUGCCUCUUGCAUAUUUUAAUUUUGAAUCCACAUUACUUUUUGCAAAGUUUGCUCCAGGUCUAGUAACACACAAAUCAGCAGCAUUUUACUGGUUGCUAUGAGUUACUAGACAUGCAGCAAAUGAUUUUGUGCUGUAUUGGGUAUAUCACCUGUUGUUCUGUGGUUAAUGGAAGAAAAUACUUGUUAAUUAAAUAUAAUGACACUCACUGGCCAGUUCUUUCCUUAUCAUUUGAAUCAAAAAAUGUGCUUUGGGUUAAAAUAUAUGUGUUUUUUUGGCAAUGGGUGUUGGUUCAGUGUAACAGCAGUGUUAGUAACUGUGUCGGCCGCACAGUCAGGAAGUGUUUACAAUGGAACUGUAUAUAAGUUUUUUGUGCCAACUAAACUUUUGGUAGUGCUUUGGUAUGACUUUGGUACGGUCCUGUGUUACCCAAGCAUUUUAUAUAGGGACACAAAAGUGACCUUUUUUGUAUUUGGAACAAAAUCAGUAUUUUAUAGUUGUUUCUACCAUAAAAAAUACAAAACAGCAAAAACAUUAGUAGUAUUUCCACUGGAAAUAUCUGAGCACAUUUUCCCAUAUCUGCACUGAGCAAUUUAGAUCAAAUAUAUAAAACCUAAUUGUAGUCUAGUAUUUGUUGUUUUCUUGAUAAAAUAGCUUUCCUACCUAUUAAGAGAUUUUACCCUCCAAAAUCCAUGUAAAAUUGCUCGGUGCCCAUCUGAGCACUGUUGCAGGUUUAAAUAAUUUCCAGCGUCCGUUCUGUUGAUUUAAUAUCAUGCUUUUUCCAGAAGGUAAAAUAACUUGAGCAAAGGCAAUCUGAGCAAAUUCACAUUUGGGGAGGUAAAAUCCUCUGUAAUUCUUUCACCGGGUAUCAUUCUUACCAGUGGGCCAAUGGCAGCACUGCUGGAGACACAUUAUGAAACCUACCUCACUUAAAUGAAUGGCACAAAAAUGACAGCCAAUUAUGUGGCCCUCUCCGUUAUUAGAACUGUUGUGUCAUCUAUGUUCCACAUGAGUUGGAGGCAUAGAGUUUGUGAUGAAUGUUCUUUCUCCAUAUUGUUUUUAGAACAAUUACCCCCAUAUAUAAUAAAAGGCACUAAGUUUGCCCAGUAGCAGUAACCCAUAGCAACCUAUAAGAUGUUUGCUUUUAAAUGGGUGACCAUUAAAUUCAACCUGCUGAUUGGUUGCUAUAGAUUACUUCCUGGGCAGAUGUAGUUUCUUUUAUUACAUAACCCGAUUAUUGCUUUUAUGUAUUGCUCUAAAAAGUGCCAAUUUUACACUUGAUCCCAUCUUUUUGGUUCUUCAAAUCAGUUGUGGGAGAAGAAGUCAUUUAAGCCAAUUAUAUAACCACUAUUAUAAGAUAUAUAUAUAUAUGUAUAUUGUUUUUAUUGUAAGGCAGACAGAAGCCCUAUACAUUAGGCUUGUGCUGGCCAUAGGCAUGCCUUAAUUAAAGCCUGAGGGCAAGUCUUAUAAUAAAUGUAUAUGUAUUUCUUCGAAAUAAAACCAGUUACAGGCCACAGAUUUAGCUCUGGGCAUGUUUCAGCUAUUUCUAUGCAUUUCCUGUUGGUUCUAUUGGUGACGUUUCUGUCCGACAGCUGAAGGGCACAUUAAUCCAGCCGGAUUUCUAGCACAGUUGCAAUGUUGACUGAAACUCUGCAAAUUUGGAAAAUGUUUUGUUACUUCAUUUUUAUGUUUUGUUUUUGCACUUUUCCUUUGUAAAUGUAUGUAUAUGUAAAAAUGUGAAUUAUUUUCUAUUGUUUAUGUAUUUAAUAUAAUUUGGCUUAAAAUCCGUUCACUCUGCUGCAUUGUAAAUAAAAUGUUUUCACCCCUAAAA